UGGUGGCACGACAACCAGGCACAAACUCGACUCGAUCGCGAGAAGGAGAAAUCGAAAACUGCUCGAAUUCCACACAGCGAUGAUCAUCGUUGGAAACCAACCACGGCGCAGGUAGGACUUGUGCCUGCCCGGGCGCCGAUUCACCUUUAGUUCGAUUUCGAACCUUCAGGUGAACGGUUUGGUAAUACUGAGGUCUGACUGUCCCCGGUCUUUCGGUGAUCUACGCGCAUCAAGUAAACGCAAUUGCAAUACAACCUCUCUGUGCUGUGCUGUGCUGCUACUGAAGCUGGAGCGAUUCGGAUACCUACACACAUUGCGCGAGUGUGCGGAUUUUGGCUGUGCUCUGUGCGCGCGCGCAUAUCAAUGAGGAGAAAGGCUUUCGCGCACCCUGGAGCCUGUGUGAAUUAAAAUAAGUGAAAAGUUUGAAUUUCAUCCACGUGUGUCGCGUUAGUUGGCCGAUCGAGAAGUGCACGGCUGUGGUUGAGAAGAGCCGAAUUGGAUCAAGUGCAAUUCUUAUUCGCGUACCUUUGUGCUGUGUGGAUUUUGGAGUGGAAGUGUUUGCUGCAAGAAAGGGAUUUGCGGAGAAAUGCACUAUUGCUACCAGGAGUUCAUACCGAGUUGAAGCAUCGCAGCCGAAGAAGUUUGUAAACAAGUGAAAGAAAUUUUUGGGGCAAAGUGAUUCGAUCGAUCGACCGAUCAGAGAACGGAGUGCGCGGUGAUCGGAAGCAAAAUAAAAAACCGAGAAAACGAGUGGUUUAUUGGCAGAAUAACUGGAAUGCUUUGAAUGGUUUCGUAAUCGAAUGAGAUGCGAAUGAUAGAUUGAAGAAUACGUGGAAACAAGGUGGAAGCGAACAAGUGCGAAUUUUUGGUGCUUUUGGAUCUAAUCGACAGCAAUAACCGAAAGAAACAUAUACGGAAAACAGAGAGUGAAAAAAAAAAAAAAGAUCGCGAUCAACAAGUGGAAUAUGCGAAGCUGGAAAUAAUCGGCAAAUUCAAACGAGGAAUUUAACAAUUGAACCGAAGCAGAUAACAAAAAGUAUAUGUGAAUGGUAGUAAUCACCACGGGGCCAUUCUUCGAAACGCAACAACACAAGAGAAAGAGAAAGAUACGGAUAAUGGUUGCAUAACUUGAAACCGACAACCAAUACUCGUUUCAGGAAAGAAAAAAAAACUUGUAGAAAUUCGAAAGCACAGAAAAAUAAGUGAAAAAUACUAAAUUUGUUGUUGUGGACACAAAACAAAGAAACAAAAAAAAAAAAAAAAAAAAAAUAUAAAAAACGAAAAAGCGAAAAAAAAUAAAAUCCAUACGUGUCGAAGUGAAUUCCUGUUAUUUGAAAUUCGUGGAUCGGUUCGGCACAAAGAACCCGCAGAGGACUUCGUAGAAGCACGCGAAUUUGUUGUUUUUUUUUUUUUCAAUUUCGUGGGUCUUCAGAGAUCCCCCCCGCUGAGUGUGCUGUGGUGUAGAGGUAAUUCUUCUCAGAAAUGGAUAGCGGCGGUGACGACAUGGGGGUUUCUUCCUGCUACGGGGGAGGUGACAUUGCCGGUGCCAUCUUUGGAACGCUGUUUGCAAUCGUGCUGCUGGGCGCCCUCGCUUGGUGGCUCUGGAAGAAGGGCUACGUCCUGAAACAAAAAGCAGAUUCACAACUGGUCCCAGAAGACCCCGAGAGCAAGAAGGACGACUUCGCGUUCGAUAAUCCGGCCUUCAAAACCGGCGAUGGAGGAGCCCACAACGCCAGCAAAGUCAGCGGAUCCCCACUGGAUCCCAGUUGGACGUCGUCGUCGUCGGCGGCGGCGGCGUCGCCGGCAAACAAGCAGAACAGUCUGGACAAGCGGAAAACCGUGGACGACAGUUGCGUUCAGGCGGCCACUCCUCGGUUGGUUUCGCUGCGCGGUUCCGACUUCACCGGACUGGGGGUGGAAGUGUACGGCGGUCUCAAGGAGGGCAUUUUCGUGAGGAAAGUCAUGCCCCAGGGCCCGGCGGCUGGAUCCGUAAACCCAGGUGACAGAAUCACCAGCAUCACGAUCGAUUUCCGACAUAUCGUCCAGGAAGAUGCCAUGACCAUCCUGAGCUACGCAUCGCCGUACAACGUUCAGCUAGAGUGCGUAAGCGGCGAAAAGCUUCCCCAGACGCAAAGUCCCAAACCGGGACACCAGGCUCUGACCCAUCCCCUUGUGCGGUCCAGCAGUCAGUCCGACAUGAAUACGAUUGAACGCAACUCCCGCAAGGAUGGCAGCUCAACGCUCAAGAUGGAACAGCAGAGCCCCAGCACGCCGAACAAGGCACUUCCAACAGUUCACAAGGAGAACGAGAAAGAACCCAAGAAACACUCGUUCAAGCAACAGAUGAAGGAAAUGAUCGAGGAGAAGUUCCAAACCAAACAUGCCGACGUCGAACGUAAGGAAUCCAACGCCGGUGAAGGCAAGAAAGGACACAAGUUUGGAAUCCGCGUAUUCCCACCAUCCGUGAACGACAAACUGUUCGGCAAGAGCCCCACCAAAGUCCAGGCCGACAACGAGAACAACACCAACAUCGAAAAGAAGGAAUCCACCGAAAUCAAAGAGAAGUCUCCAUCGCCUCCGGUUGUGAAGAAACGCACAAAGGAGCUGAAGCCCGUUCCCGAUGUGAUCGUCGUUGAGUCCUCGACCACCACCACUUCCGCCAUGCCAGUCGAAUUCCAACGUCAGAACAGUCUGACCUCCAGUGGAAUCAAACGAGACGCCGAUGGAAUCCCCCAGGAAGUGCCCGGCUACAUAAUGCAGGCCGCCAACGCUGCCAAGGAUAACCGCAAAACCGCCACAGCCGCCGAGCUGGACAACAAACGCAAAGGCAAAGCUCCUCGACCACCGCAGAACGAAGCCAUGGAUAUGGACGAAAGUACCGCUACCAUGGACACCACGCUCAGCAUGGACAUGACCGAUGCCGUGAUGGAAAUCGAAGCCGAAGCUAAGGCCAAGUUCAACCUGAGCGAUCGGAUGAACUUUUCCGACAACUUUGCCGAAGAGGUGCUGAACUGUACGAUCGAGAGCGUCGCAGGGAUCGAUAAGUUCGAGGAGCAGGGACCCAGCAACAGCUCGACGCCCAAGUCGGACCGGAAGAAGUCCUCAAUGACGGAGAGCAUGACGCACGAUGAACACGACUCGGACACCGAGCAGUCACCAACGAGCAGCAACAAAAUCGAGCUGGAUUCCAGCGAUAUCACCGUACAUCAGAGCUCACCAAGCCCGACGAACAGCGAAGAGCCGAUGAUGGAUGACAGCAGCCGACGCACCGCCAGUCUUGGGGACCUCUCGAAGCUGGAAACGCAGAUUUCCAACCCAGGAGGCAGCAGCGCCACCAACACCCUGGAACGGGCCCAAAGUCUGGAGAUCACCGGCGAUGUUGUGACCGUGGCCGGAGCCGGUGCCGUCGUUGUCGGAGCUACGACUGUUGUGCCUUCACCGAAGAAACGUAAGGCAUCUAUUGAGGGGCAGAUUGAGAUGGACUCGAAGGAGCCGAAGAUGGCGAUGGGGGUCGAUGGGUUGAGCUCGUUGCAGCGGAACAAGUUGAAGGGAGCUUCCGCUUGGGGUAACUUGGAGGAUGCUAUUAAUUCGGGUGAGCUGUUGAACAGCUCUUCGGAAAGUGACGUAAGAGGUGGAUCUAUGGAAGAUGUGGUUGAACAGCAAGUUACAGUAAUUGAGAAUGGAUUGGAUAGCGUGAAGGAGAUUGCCAAGGGGCAGUUGAUGGAAAUCAACACUACGGUUAUCCAGAUGAUCAAUGAAGUAGUACCCAUGAAUGGUACUGUGGUCAGUACGGAGGAAGAACCGAUGACGGAAGAAGUUCAGAUGGAGAAGGUUGAGAUUGUGACAAUCAUGGAUAAGAUUGCUCCUGCGGUGAUUGUGGCCGAAGAAAGGAAGGUGGAGAUUAAAGAUAAUGAAAGAGAGCAUGUAUCGUUGACAACGAUCAAUUUGGACUACAACGGAGUUUAUCCGGUGGACAGUGAUGAGAACAGCAAUAAAACCGAUCAUGUCAAGAUUGCUAACUAUGAUACCAACAUCCCAGAUGAUGUAAAAGUUUCUCGAUAUCCUUUUGGAAGCUUGGAGCGUCCUAAGUCCGAUGUUCUGAAGAAGCUUCUGGGACAAAAGGAAGAAUUGGAAAAUACGCCAUCCGUGUUCAUAUCCGGUGACAAUGAUUCCAAUAAGAUAACGAUCGAAAACAACUACCACGACAUAGGUGAGCCGAUCAGUCUUACCCUGGUUAACAGCACUGAAGACAUUCCAGUUGAAAACGAUCAGACUGAGAGUAGCCAGGCAUCUCCGGUCUUCUCCAAUACCAAUGGAGUCAGUAGCAUCAACAUUUCUGCGUUGGACGUUGAUUUGGUUACUUCCUUGAACAGCAAGCCUUUCACCGUGGCCCCUAAAUUUUCACUGGAUAAUAUUGUAACGAUUUCGACUGAAUCAUCGCAGCCUUCGUCAAUCAUUUUGAUCGAUGACGAAAAGCUCGACUUCAGUUUGCAGACACUGGAUGACUUCGACGACAGCAUUGAGAACACCAUGGCUCCAGAACCGCAACUAAAUUUCUCUUCGGAAACAAACAAGACCGUCAUUGAAACUAAUCCACCUAUGCCCAUGGAAAAGCCACCAAAAACGCCAAACAGCUUUGUUACUGAGAUCACAGUAAAAACGCCCGAGGUAGAGCAAAACGUAAAGCCAGAAGAACCGCCCAAAGUGACCAAGAAACCUCCCAAGCCAGAGAAGCCAACCACUCCACCGUCGCGAAUUCCCGUCGAAAGAAGAAUGUCUAGCGAACACAGUUUCAUUCCACGAAAUACGGAAAUUAAGUUCUCCACUGCCACGUACGAUUCGGGCAAGAGCCCCGAAAAACGCCCACUCGGUAUAGACCAGAUCCGCUCGAACUUUGAACGCAGCAACUCCAAGCCCGACAUUCGCGCAUACGAACGAAGCAACUCCAAGACCGAAGUCCGUCCGUUUGAACGUAGCAACUCCAAAACCGAUGUCCGACCAUUCGAACGCACCAACUCCAAGCCCGAUGUACGUCCAUUCGAACGCAGCAACUCCAAAACCGAAAUUCCGGUUCGCAGCAAUUCCAAAACCGAUGUUCGGCCAUUUGAAAGAAGCAACUCGAAAACGGAAAUCCCCGUUCGCACGGUCGAACGAAGCAACUCGAAAACCGAAAUUCCCGUUCGCACAUUCGAAAGAAGCAACUCGAAAACCGAAAUUCCCGUUCGUACGUUCGAGAGGAGCAAUUCUAAAACCGAAAUUCCCGUACGCACAUUCGAAAGGAGUAACUCGAAAACCGAUGUUCGAUCGGUUCUAGAGCGCAGCAACUCCAAAACCGAAAUCCCUGUGCUAAUUCGGCGAACCUCAAUCCCAUCGAUCAACCUGAACAACUCCAGCAUCGUUCACGGCAGCCCUCAGCCCAUGACCAACGGCAACAGCAACGGAUCGAGCCCACCGGCCACCAAAGCGAGUCCAUCGCGAAUUCCAGUGUUCAACUCGGUCAGCAAGCUGAACAAUGGUCACGAGAGCCCACGAUCACCGCCUCCUCCGUUCGCAAACAACAACAAUAAUAACAACAGCAUCAACAACAAUCACAUCAACAAUAAGGUUUCAGUCAGCAUUACCUCAAUCAAGAACCAAUCGAAACAUCCGAGUGGCAAGUUUAACGGCAACUAAAACCCCAAAACAAUAGAGGAAGAGAGAAAGAGAACGAGCGAGUGUGAAUACUUUACAUUAACUGAUUUUCAAAUGGUGCAAUUGAGUGUAACAGGUGUCCACGAGAGCUUCCAAGCGAUUGGUUAGUGUCUAAGUCCCGAUGAUAUAUUAUCCCCUUGAAUCUAAUUCAGAGUGUAGUCGAAUGCUAACGCGCGAAUUGUCACCCUCAUUCUUGUUUACGAUCGGAGGCGCUUUCAAACGAAACCAACAUGGCGUCGGAAUCUAGUGGGCCAUGGAUUCGAUCGAAUUCGAUGUAAACAAGAAUGACGACGUGAAUCUUUAUAUGCUAGAAGUGUAAGGCAUACGUGUAAAAUGUAUAAUAACCAGAAAUUAUUUCAAGCGACCUUAGUACUGGCAAUGAAGUAGAAUACAGUGGAAAUGUUUGGCCAUAUUUACAGUUUAUUCCCAUUCUAUAUGUACUUGUAAAAUACUUAACUUUAGUGUUAGAAAGCGCCAACCAAGAGAGAACGCGCACCUAGUGAUAUAAGCAAGAAAAAGAACGAACAAUUGAAGUUUAAAUCAUGUUGUUAAUUAUUUGUUAAACAAAGCCGACGAAACAGAAAUUACCAUAUAUUUUUGGGGAUUCUCCGCGCAACGCAGAAUGCAACGAACAGGCGACUUGGUGGACCAAGUCGCAGCGGCUUCCAACCGGAGGACUAUAUUUCAGUAACCAAUACACGACCAUUAAAAGACAGAUGUUUAUAGGCGUAGGUAUUUUAUAUUUUUAGUAGAAAUAAAACUGAUUAAUAACCUAA